AUUGAAUGUUAUACACCCACGUUUUUCAUGCACCCUCUGCUAUCAGUGAAUCCCUACCCACAUGCCUGAGUAUAUAAAUGGAUUCUCACUGUUUCGACAUCAGUCAGUCCGAGAACGACGCCAUGAAGACAUUCAUCAUUAUCUCUGUCUUCGUGCUUGGAGCGCGGGCAUCUCCGUCUCUUACUACAUGUUACGAAGACCCAAACUUAAACGGUUACUACGUCACCUUCGACAACUAUGCCCCAGAUUUAUACAGCUACAACUUUGAUGACACCAUCGCUAGCGUACACCAGACUGGCAUGUGGAUUUACUACGAAAACUACCAAUACAACCUCUCGCCGGGGAAAGCCUAUUUCGUCCAUGGCAUUGGCGUUACCGUCAACUUUCCCAGUGAAUAUCGUGACAUCACAUCUUCACUACGCUUCGUCGGCAGUUUGGAAUAUCUGAACGCAGACACCAUCACGUUCUAUGAGGGCAACUCAUUCACGGCUGCCGAGUUUUUUGCAGUGGGUGACAAUUCCAACUUUGGUCAAAUGACGGGCAGGAUCUCUUCGCUCAUCGUAACUGGGAAAAGCUACUGGACUAUCUUCAGUGGCGAAGGAUACACCGGAGACAGACUGUGUGUUGGCCCAGAAACUGAUCAUGAUGUGGGACCUAAUGGCGAAGUUCUCGACCUUGGCAUCUAUCCCGCCAUGACAUCGCUUGGCAUUCCGGACAACAGCAUCAAGUCCGUGAGAAAGGGCUGUUGGUCUGGGCGUAAGAUUCAGGCGCCCAAGAUGAAAGUGGAUGGACGUCGAGAAAAUGGAGCCUGGGGCCGCCUCUUCUAGCUAUGUUGCUGAGGACACAAAACUGGAUGUUUGAUAUUAAGCACUGUUUAAAAUAAUAAUAAUAAUAAUGAUAAUAAUAAUAA